UCCUGUUGUUGUCGUCGACGUCGUCGUCCAACAUCAGAGUUCGAUCUUUUAAAAUAUAUUAAUGCGUGAAAAAUGAGUUGCAAUGGAUGCCGAGUUCUAAGAAAGGGUUGCAGUGAUAACUGCAUCCUUAGGCAGUGCCUACAAUGGAUGGAAGAUCCCCAAGCUCAAGCCCACGCCACCGUUUUUGUGGCCAAGUUCUUUGGACGCGCCGGCCUCUUCUCCUUCAUCAACGCCGUCUCUGAGUCCCAACGACCCGCUUUGUUUCAGUCGUUAUUAUUUGAGGCGGUGGGGCGGACUAUGAAUCCGGUAAAUGGGGCGAUGGGGCUUCUUUUGAGUGGGAAGUGGGAGGUGUGCCAGGGGGCGAUGGAGACGGUGUUACGUGGUGGCGCGUUGGAGCCACUUCCCGAGUAUAGUCGUGACAUCCAUUAUGUUCGUGAACAUCAGGUUCGAGAAGUACAACGGCAGUCUACCAAGAGGAAGAGGCCUAAUUUUGAUGUCAAUGAUAAUGAUGAUUGCGUGGAGAAUUUCCGAUCUCCCGAUCUCAAUCUUAGCUUGACAUCUGCAACUGGAUUGAUGUCGAGGACGAAACGUAGGGAUUGUAGAGCGGCAACGCCGUCAGUUGAACACUCAGAAACGACGACGUUGGGGAGUUCUUCACCAGAGAAUAAUUGUACUGCUGGUAAUUUAGAGAGAACAAAGCUUCUGAGGUUAUUCAUUUGAAACUUUGUUCUCCUUUUUGUAGUUGCCGAGUAAAUAAU